AAAAAGUAAUUUUUAAGUUUAAGAUAAGAUUGAAUUAUACAAUUAUUUGCCGAACUUAAUAUUAAAUUUUUAAAAGCAGUAUGCAUGAAAAUCGCGAAGGAAAUUUAUCUUCGAUCGAAUUGAACUCUAUCAAAUCUUCUACGAAUGGAACAAGUCUUGAAAAUUAUUUUUGUACGUUUAAUAACAAGAGAUGUAGAUGCAUGAAGGUCAGUUAUUUUAAAAUUAGCACGUUAGUCCCAUCGUUAUAAUUUUGAUUAAUAUUAAUUUAACGCAAUGAAUCAAGUUUGAUCAAUUAGUAGCACGACAUGAUGAAAAAUUUGGUCGCAGUCAGUUUUACGUGAAAAGUUCAAACAAUCGUCAACGUAAAUUACUUAGUUAUUUGGAUAAGACUGUUUAUGAAAAUUCUAUGAAAAGUGGACGAUUUCAUAGAGCCACUACUUUGAAUGAGGAAGAAAAAAGUGAUUCUUUGUUCAGGCCAGAGAUUACUAGCGAAGAAGAAAACGGAGUGUGGGACGAUUGGGGUAAUUGGAGUACAUGUAGUGUAACAUGCGGAAAUGGCCGACGGGUUCGUUGGCGUCAUUGUUCGGCGAACAAUUGCGUAAAAGGAUUAAAGAAGGCACAAAUUAAAACUUGCCACUUAAAAAAAUGUGAUACUAAUAUCCUUAACUGGCUUGGAAUCAAAACUAGAUAAUAAAUCUAUUGAAAAAUCC